AUGCCUGGACGAACUCGCCCUAUCGACAAGCUCGCCACUGCGGCUGCAAAAUGCUCAAAAGAAAGUUCAUUAUAUGGCAAAUGUAUUCUUGCAGACUACAACAACGUACGGAAAGACAUGUGCGUGAACGAAUUCAUGAAACUAAAAGAGUGCUAUCUUAAGGCGUACAAGCAGCGGUAG